UCCACCAGUUCAAGGGUUUAUAAUACAGGAAUGUCAGCCGCAGCCUGGCCUAGUGGUUUCAGGGCUGGACUCUGGAGAGCAGGGUUGGAAUCCCCACUCGGCCAUGGAAACCUCUGGGUGUCCCUGGGCAGGUCACACUCUCUCAGCCUCAAGGGAAGGCAAAGGCAGGGCGAAUGGAUGUCCUAACCAGAGCAAAAGUGGACAAAAUAUGGGAGGUUUAGGGAAAAUGUAGGACCAUAACAAGAUGUAAAAGCUAAAAACACUAAGGGACUCAAGGCGGCAACAGGUUUUGUUGUGAUAUAUAGAAGAAAUGGCACAGGGUGCAGUUAUUUAACACUGGAGUCUUCCUCACCACACUCACAACAAUGCCCUUUUCAGACUUUGUCUUAACCCUCAAAGACAAUCCAUACUUCGGUGCAGGUUUUGGCUUGGUGGGCGUUGGUACAGCCUUGGCCCUGGCCCGUAAGGGAGCCCAGUUGGGCAUGGUGGCUUUCAGACGGCAUUGCAUGAUAACUCUGGAAGUACCAAGCAAGGACAAGAGCUAUCACUGGCUGCUGAAUUGGAUUUCUCACCAUGCCAAGCACACACAGCACCUGAGCGUGGAGACUUCUUACCUGCAACAUGAGAGUGGCCGUGUCAGCACAAAGUUUGACUUUAUCCCCAGCCCUGGGAACCACUUCAUUUGGUAUCAAAGGAAGUGGAUCCGCAUAGAACGAAAUCGGGAGAAACAAAUGAUUGACCUGCAGACAGGCACCCCUUGGGAGUCUGUCACCUUCACAGCAGUUGGCAAUAAGCGAGAAAUUUUCUUCAACAUCCUGCAGGAAGCCAGAGAAUUGGCUCUCAGGCAACAGGAAGGAAAGACAGUCAUGUACACAGCCAUGGGUGCUGAAUGGCGUCCAUUUGGAUUCCCACGACGCCGGCGCCCACUCACCUCAGUGGUACUUGAGGAAGGAGUAUCAGAGAGGAUUGUGCAGGAUGUGAAAGAGUUCAUUGGUAACCCCAAGUGGUACAUUGAUCGAGGAAUCCCCUAUCGGAGAGGAUAUUUGCUGUAUGGACCUCCAGGCUGUGGAAAGAGCAGUUUCAUCACAGCUUUGGCUGGAGAUUUAGAAUACAGCAUCUGUCUCCUGAGCCUGAGUGAUCGAAGCCUCUCAGAUGAUCGUCUCAACCACCUGCUGAGUGUAGCUCCUCAGCAGAGCAUCAUCCUCCUGGAAGAUGUGGAUGCUGCCUUUGUCAGUCGGGAUCUUGCUGCUGAAAAUCCCAGUGCAUACCAAGGCAUGGGACGCCUGACUUUCAGCGGUCUUCUCAACGCGCUUGAUGGUGUAGCUUCCUCUGAAGCCAGGAUAGUAUUUAUGACCACCAAUCAUGUUGACAGACUGGAUCCAGCUCUGGUUCGCCCUGGCCGGGUGGACCUAAAACAGUAUGUGGGACAUUGCUCACAGUGGCAGCUUGGACGCAUGUUCCAGAGGUUCUACCCUGACCAGCCAGCAGCAAUGGCUGAGCAGUUUGCUACACAAGCCCUCUCUGUCUCUGAACAGAUCAGUGCUGCACAAGUGCAAGGCCACUUCAUGUUACACAAGGCAGAUCCAGAGGGAGCCAUUCAGAAUUUGAAGACUCUUGUAUCAUGACACUGAACCAGCACAGAGUAAACUUUGUGCAUAACAUUUCUGGGAGCAGUGAAGAGAUAUUCGCGAUGCUGAUUGUGAGAAUGACCUCAGUGAGGUUGUCUUUUUUGUAAAGAAAAUAAAGAGUAUGCCAAACUAA